AUGACACUUGCUCUUGCAGGAAUAUACUCCGAGCUAUUCUCUGAAAUCGUACAUUUCACUCAGAAUAUUUCUCUAUAAAAGGUCAUAGAUCAUAAGAUACUCGGUUUUGCCGAAGAAUUGACAAUGACAGCCUCACAUACCAUAUUAUAAUAUGAGGAUUUCUGUCUUUCUUUUUAAUUCUACCCUCCUAGCCGCUUCUACGCUGGCUUGGAGGGGCCCACUUCCACGGGCCGAACCAUCGGGCUCUUCUCCUUCAAUGCCUUCUCCACCGGCAGGCGAGUCUCCUUCUCCGGGUGGAGCCGUUCCGACUCCCGGCAAUCCUGGCCCAUCACCCAGCGGCUCUCCAGGCGGCCCUAAAUGCGGCAAAGGAUACACUUACUGCGGUUACAUGCUUACCUCGAGCGGUCACAACUUCGGCUCCACUGAUAUUAGCAAGGCUUACUGCAACGGCUUGCAAGAGCUCUGUGCUAAUGGCAAGCCAAAGACGGAUGUUUCUGAAGCUGUCUUCGUCUGCAUGAACGAUCAGCCGUCUACGGUUGAGCUCCUGUGCGCUUGUGGUGGCAAGUGUCGCAACGACGCCGAGACCAACUUCAUCGCUCACUGCGACAAACCUUGCAUCAACAAUUAAGCACACACUUAACUUGAACAUGUGGAGAGGGCGGAGAGUGGGAGUUUACCCAAACACUCACUUUGUUUUGGGAAGGUCAUGUGGUUAAUGCGAGCAGAAAUUCGUAGUAGUUUCACUGUUGCAGCAUCGCUCGUUAGUCACAUCAUGAAUGUAUGUCGAAUUGCAUUUCUUUUCAUAGCGGCAUUUAUACCACAGCCAUAGCUUUGGCUUAUUCCCAUAUUUCUGAAUCCCUAC